CUCAGCAACGCUGCUGAUUUAUCACCAUCGCCCAUCAGCACGAAAUCGCCGCGAUAGCUGAUCUGCCAUUCAGCUCCUCGAUGAUAGCACCACCUUUGGUCGGAUACUAAUUUCGUCUCCCGUUGGAUCAAGCUCCAUCUCACGGAGUUCGCCCCUCGAGGGCUGGUAAUUCAGCAAACGGCAACACCAUCAUGGCCGCCCCCGAUCUAGACAUCGGCUACGUUGCCGGCCAUCUGGGCCUUGACCAGCCUGUAAUUGCGACUCUCGCAACAGAGCCUACUGCCGAUUUAGUAGCUGCUGUCUUGCGCGCCGUUGCCAACAAGGCUCAUGAGUUUGAGACGUUGUAUGCGGAGAAGCUCGAAACCGACAUUGCUCUCGAAAAUGCAGUGCGCAAUUCCGAAUCGCGGUCGCAGACCUCCAAGGCUACAACCGAAAAGGCCCUCAAAGAUGUAGAAGAAGCCCGACAGAAGCUGCGCGAAGAAGAAACAAAGCGACAGACAGUUGAGAACGAACUUCGAGUUACGAAAGCAAAGAUUGCCGACCACGAUGCCGAAGUCAAGGCUCUCAAUGACAAGAUUGAGACCCUCCAGUCGUCGAACCGAACCAACAUGAGCAUCAUCGAGUCGAACAACAAGCGCGAUCAGACUGUCACUGAAGAAUUAACCAAGCAGCACCAGCGCAACGUCGAGCUCGCCAGGGAAGUUACAUCCCUUCAGCAGUCUGAACAGAAUGCCCGUGGUCAGCUCAACAGCGCCAAGUACCGCGAAGAAUCUUUACAGCAACAACUCGACUUGACGCGUCGCAACGGCGAAUGGCUUGAGAACGAACUUAAAACCAAGAGCGAAGAAGCCCUCAAAUUCCGCAAGGAAAAGGGUGCCCGUAUUGCCGAGCUACAGCGCCAAAAUGAAGACGCCAUCUCGCAGGUCGACUCGUUUAAGCGAACUGAGCAGCAGCUCCGCGACCGCCUGACCGCCAUGCAGUCCAAGAUUGACGACUCUCUAGUGAAGAUUCAGAAGCAGGAAGAAUCCUUUGCAGCGACUGAAGAUAGCUACAAGCACGAGCUCGAAGAUCAGCGACGUCUUGUAGAGCUCUCUAACCAGCUCAGCCGACAGCACCAGGACCGCGUCCGAGAACUCGAAGCCGAAAAAGAGCGCCUCAGGGACAACUCUGAAAACGAAAUCCGACGAGUCCGUGUUGAGCUAGAACAAGAGAGACGGGUCGUUACCGAAAUGGAAGAGAAGAUCCGCCAGCUCGAGAGCGAACUCGACGAGACACAGGCUCGCAUGGAACAUGCUGCUCCUCUGGCAUCUGCGCCGCAGACUCCCAGAGCCAACGGAGGCCUUGCCCGAGCUGCCUCUCCCUUUGGAACUCCGGCCUCGAUUCGCAGCAAGAGCGCCAUCACCGCUACCCAGGCCAUCGAACAGCUAUACCAGGUCAAGGGCCAGCUUGCCAACGAAAAGCGACGCAAUCAACAGUUGGUCGACGAACUUGACAAUAUGCUGGCUGCUCUGGAGGCCAAGGCGCCAGAAAUUCAGGAAUUGCAAGCCGAGUCGGAAAAUCUGCGAGCUGAGAUUGCUCACAUGUCAGAGCUCUCGCAGCAGAGCUUCCAGGAGCGAGACUUGGCUAAGAAGAGUGCGCGAAAGGCAGAAAACAUGUUGUCUACCGCCCAGUCUGAGAGCAAGAUUCUCCGAACGCAACUCCGCGACCUCGGAACUCAGAUCCAGAUGCUCGUUUUCAACGCAUAUGCUCUGGAGAAGGGCAUCGAGCAGCUAACUGAUGAAGAAGUCUACCGCCUUAAGCAACUUGAGAAGGGAGAAGUCACUGAGGAAGCCCUCAAUGAUAUGUCUGAUACUCACCAGUUUAUUACCCAGAAGCUUGUUGUUUUCAAAGACGUUGCCUCGCUACAGGCAAAGAACGAAGACUUGUUGCGCAUCACCAGAGAACUGGCGGAGCAGAUGGAGAGCGAAGAAGCGCUUGCCGCCAAGCACCAAGCAAAGGAAGAUCACGACAAGGUAGAAACCCUUGAGCAAGAACUGCUGCAUCUCACCGAAGAGUCGCGAUCCAUCAAGAACACCAUGGAAAGCUACAAGACUGAGCGUGACAUGUUCCGACGCUUGUUGCAACAGAGAACUGCCGGCGGUGACGAAGCCUCUAUGAUGCGCAGCUCGCUCGACGGCCGUGCACCUCUCGCCAACCUGGACUCUAUCGAACAAACCGAAACAUUGAGCGAAGCUCUUCGCAAACUCCAGUCCGAAUACGACAGCUUCAGAGAGGCUCAGGAUGGCGUUCGCAAAGAUCUUAGACACCAGCUAGAUUCCCUUUCUGCCGAAAAGAGCACACUGCAAAGCGAGAAAAUCAAGCUUCACGGUGAGGCUAGACUGGAGUCGGAACGCCGCGAGAUGCUUCAGGGCAACUACACAGCACUCCAAAAUGAGAACCGCGAGCUUCAAAAGCGAAACCAGGUUCUUUCUGAGACUGCAGCUAAGCAGGAUAUUCGAACUCAGCAGGUUGCUGAAGAGCUCAUUGAUACCAAGGGCUUACUCGAUAGUACACGUAACGAGACAGCCAAUCUGAAGGCUGAAAAGAAGCUUUGGAAGGAUAGAGAGGACCGUCUCUGCAAGGAGAAUGAGACUCUUGGCCAAGAGAAUGGCCGCCUUAGCACCAUGCUGGCUACCCAACAGUCUGUCGAUAACGAACGCAUCUUGUCCGAAUCCGAGGCGCGCCGCAAGGCUCAGGCUAGAGUUGAACAUCUUGAGCAGGAAUUCAACGACGUCCAGCGACGACUCUCUCAGUCUGCUGAGGAGAGCAAACAUCUCCAACAGCGCAAGGAGUUUGAGUCGAGAGAAUCCCAGAAGCGUAUUGACGAGCUCAUGUCAAGCCUCGGCCAGGUUCGUGAGGAUCUGGUUGCAGCUAAGACCACUAAGGAUCAUCUCCAGGCUCGUGUCGAUGAGUUGACGGUAGAGUUGAAGAAUGCUGAAGAGCGCGUGGGCCGCUUGCAGCCACGACCUACGCCACGACCUGGCGCUGAGACCAGCCAGUACCAGCAAGAUCUCGAGACACAGGUUCAGGAACUCAACACUGAAAUUUCUGAUAUUAAGCGUGAUUUGGAUCUUGCUAACACACAACUUGAAAACGCCAAGGCUCAGGCUGAGCAAUACAAGGAGCUCAGCCAAGCUAACGAGGAAACACUGGAGGAUCUGCGUUCGGUCCAAGAGCAGUACAAGGAAGAAAUGACCUCUCUGAUUGAAGAGAAGGACAACAAGGUCAAGGAGUUCAGCCAAAGACUGGAAGAUAUGUCUUCGGAGCUCUCUCGUACCAACACCGAGCUCUCUACCUUGCGCGACUCACAAGGUGACAUUGCUCGCAAGUACGAAGACGAGAAGACCAUUCUUGAGGAUGAGGUGAAGCGCCUCAAGGAUGAUAGCGCCAGGCACGCAGAGUCUGCCAGAUUCCACCAGCAAGACCUGCGCGCACAAGCCGAAAUUGCCUCCAAGGCGCAGCAAGAUUACGAGCAGGAAUUGGUCAAGCACGCCGACGCGGCCAAGCUUGUGCAACAAUUGCGCAAAGAACACAACGAACUCAAGUCGGCAGCAGCUGCUUGGAGAGCAGAGGCCGAGUCUGCCAAGGUAACACUUGCACAGAAUGAGAGCUCUUGGGACGACAGGAAAUCUCAGCUUGAGCAAGAGAUGACUGAGUUGAAGGCCCGCCGCGAGGAUGUUAAUGCUCAAAAUAAGCUACUUCACCAACAGCUUGAAGGUCUAUCGAGCCAGGUUGCCGCCCUCCAACAAAGUCGCCAGAGCGCAGAUGGUGCGGAAGAAACCACUGCAUCUAUCGGCACUGGUGAUGUCUCUGAAGGCCUCCGCGAGCUCAACAACUAUCUCCGUCGCGAAAAGGAGAUUCUUGAGGUUCAAUACGACCUCAAGUCGCAAGAGGCUAAGCGUCUUCAACAGCAAGUUGAAUAUGUGCAGUCUCAGCUUGACGAAACCAAGUUGAAGCUGGAUCAAGAACGCACCCAGUCUGUUCAGAGCAAUCGCUCAUCUGUCACACACCAAGAGCUUAUGGAGAAGCUCAAUGAGCUGAACCUCUACCGUGAAAGCAGUAUGGCCUUGCGCAGUGAGAAUGGUCAACUCAAGGACCAGAUCGCCGCCAAGGCUGGUAAGAUUCAGGAGCUGGAGACAAAGGUACAACCCCUCGAAGCUGAAAUCGACAAUCUCAACACGCAAAAGUCCUUCUUGGAAGAUGAAAUCAAGCAAAUCCAGGAGGAUAGAGAUCGCUGGCAGAAGAGAACAGAGGGCAUCUUGACCAAGUAUGGUCGUGUCGACCCUGCAGAAAUGGAACAGCUCAAGACUACGAUUACCGAGCUUGAGACCAAGUGCCAGACUCUGAAGGAAGGCGAGGAGCCGUUGAAGGUCAAGGUCACAGAGCUCGAAGCUACACUUGAAGCAGAGAGGAACAACUGGCAAACGACGCGCACCAGACUCACUGAGCAGUUCAAGGAACGUUCCAGGAAGCUGUCUGCUGAAAAGAAUGAAGCUGCCCAGCGAGCUAACCAGCUCCAAGAGCAGCUUGACAAGGCCAACGCUGACCUCGAAGGCGCGCAAUCUUCAACUGAUCAGGCUGGAUCUGAAAACGAGACCCUUCAGCAACAGGUGGAAGAGCUCAAACAACAACUGGAGCAACUUCAACAGAACCCUGCACCCGCCGCACCAGCGGCUGCUCCUGCUACCGCACCCAUUUCUGAGGAUGCCGGUGCCUCUGCUGCCGUUGUUCAGCAGCUUGAACAGCAACUCACUGAGAUCCGUGCUGAGCUAGAAUCCAUCAACACACAAAAGGCGGAUGCCGAACAACAGCUCGAGUCCUUGCGUGGCGAACUGCAAACUGCUGUUGCUGAGCGCGACGAGGCCCUUAACAGUCUCUCAGCGAAUGGUGCUGCUGGUGAAUCUGCAGCUCCAGCUCCAUCUACCACAGAGACUACCGAUUCUGUCUCUGCCGCUGCUGCUGGUCUCACUGACGAGGAACGUCAAGCUCUCCAGGAGCAGAUUUCCGCAGCCGAGGCCAAGGCCACCAAAGCUGAAGCUCUGGCUGCUGAAACGGAGGCCAACAUCCAGCAGACUGUCAAGGACCGCUGCAACAAGAUGAAAGAUACUCUCAAUAACAAGCUUAAGGAGAGCCGAGCUAAGAUGGAGGAGGAAUACAAGAAGAAGGAAGAUGACCUCAACCUGAAGCUGGAGCAGGAGAAGCUUAUCUGGCAAGCCGAGAAUGCUGCUACCGCUGCCCCGGCCGCUAAUGCUGAGGCUACACCAGCAGCACCGACACCGGCACCGGCACCUGCAGUUAGCGGUGCUGCUGCCCUUCAGCAGCUUGAUGAUACCGAGCUUCGACAAUUCUUGGCGACAAAUGCUACAGCCAAGGGUAUCAUCUCCUCCAACAUUAAGAAGCGUCUGGAUGCCGAGAGCGCCAAGGUCAAGGGCGAGUACGAGGCUAAGAUCACCGCAGCUCGUGAACAGGCUCAAAUGAUGGAGGCGAAGAAGUCGUCGCUGCGCAUCAAUAUGAAUGAGAAUAAGCUUCGUGCAGCCAACACUAAGAUUGGGGUUGUUGAAACAGCAGCCAAGGAAACGCCAGAACGCCCUGUAGGAGAGGUCUGGGAGGCCGCAAAGGCUGCCCCUGUGCCUCCUGCACCUGCGCCUGCUGCUCCGGCCACUCCCAAGGUUGCGACUCCGGCUCGUCAAGCUUCGAUGAGCGGACCUACAACGACACCGUCGAAGCCAGCUGACGCUGCGCCGGCAACGCCAACAGCAGCGGCUCCAGCGGCGGCAGCACAGCCAAACAACCCAUUUGCUGUGCCUGCCAACGCUGCUGCUCCCGCUGCCGCUAACCCGUUCGCAAACGCCGCUCCCGCAGCAGCAGCUGCCCAGCCAGCCGCAGCGCCAGUACGCUCCGGCAUCCCUAUGCCUCGUGGAGGCGGCCGUGGACGUGGUGGAACCUACGUACCACCUGGUCAGCGCGCAGCUAGCGGCAAUCAUGAAGGUGCAACAGCUGGUGCUGUCAGAGGCGGACGAGGUGGUGCCCGUGGUGGACGUGGCGGCAUGAAUCCCGUUGCUGCCGACUUCCAACCCGGAUCAAAGCGUCCUCGUGGCGAUUCGGAAGCUGGUGCUGGUGCUAAGCGGCCUCGAGGAGCCCAUUAAACGCGGAGAAUCUAGAAUCAAUUGAUCACGUAUUCAAUAGGGAUUGAGGAUGUUUAGAGUUACGGAAGGGAAUCAAGGUUGAUUGUGCUAUUUGCUGUUGAACUACAGGCUACAUUUCUUUUUCCUUUGUUUGUAUGUACUUAUAAUGAGGAAUAACCCGCAUUUCGACUUUUACUAGACAAAAUUGCCCUCGUUUCUAUUGUGAAUUAAAG